AAUUCAUCUUUGUUCACAAAUUUGUGAUAAUAAAAAAUUGUCAUUAAUUUAAAUUAACAAAAGCAAUAUAGCUAUUUAAGAUAUGUUUUAUCUUAUUAUAUUUAUCCAGUUAAUCCAAUGAUUCGAUUAGAAAAAUAAAGAAGUUCAAUGAAGCAAAAUGAACGCUUGUAAUGUAAAAGAAAUGCUUAAAAAUUUCUACGAAGAUCCAUGUUUUUUUGUUGACUUUCACAAUGUAGGAAGAGGUAUUAUUGGUGAUGGUGGUGGCGACAAAAAUCAGUCAUAUAUAAAAAGUACCAAGGCUUUAAAUUGCUGGAGAAUUAUUGGUGAUGAGUUACAAAAAGUAGAGGAUACAAAUCAUGGAAUUUUAUAUGAUACCGAAACGUAUAUACUCCAGUGGAAGUUCGAAUACGUUGCAGAUGGCACAACUCAUGAAGACACAUUAUUUUACUACUGGAAAGGCAAAAACGCUUCAAAAGGACAUUCCCCUCUACCACCAGAAAUAGAAGAUAAAAAUCCUGCCGUAGAACGAAUUUGCCAGUGGAGCGAACCUGCCUUGUUUUUCCACAUGUUUUCCAAGCGUCUAAUUGUAUUUAAUGGCACACACGAUAAAUUCAAUCCCAAUCUAAAAAGACUAUUCAUGGUUCGCGGUGAAUUGCCCAGUGAGAUCCAUUUAUAUGAAGUGCCUUGUUCGAAAGAAAGUUUACGGAGUAGAGGUAUUUUUUUGCUACUUAAUACAAGCGAAAAUAUGGUGUACUACUGGUUCGGAGCGGCAGUUCCAAGUGAACAUCAACAGAUAGGAAGUAAAAUAAAAUUGAACACAAGAAACGAACACUGGGCAAACUAUGGAACGGUGGAAGUGAAAGAUGGAUAUGAUGAUUUAUUUUUAAAACUGCUUGGAGAUCAAACCAGUAGUUACGUCAGAUUCUCCUCAAGUGCAGAUUUUAGCCCUCGACUUUUCUAUUUCAGUUCCAUUACUGGAAACUUUUUGGCCAUCGAGGUGGAAUAUCCAUUAAGGAGUAAACGGCAUAAAGCUGCGUUUCCAUUUUUGCAGUCUCAUCUGUACACAGCUGAUCAACCAGCACUAUUUUUGUUGGACAACGGCAAAGAAAUUUGGUUAUGGGAAGGAUGGAAGACUUCAGAAAGUAGUACAGAGUUAUUUGAAAUUGAGUUACAAUUGGCAAAGGAAACUGCAAGUAAUUAUGCGAAAGAAAAGGGCCAUAAUCUAUCAAUUCCUGUCAAACAUGUUCUGUCUGGUCUGGAGCCUUUAGAAUUUGUUAACAUUUUCCCAUACUGGAAUAAGAGAAACGAUAUAGCAGAAGUACAGCUUAAAAAUAAACACUGAUACUGACUACUGACGAAAAAAUUAAUUUGUAAAUGUAAAAUAUGUACAGCUGGUGUAACCACUCAAAUUAUAUUAUUAUUAAAGUGUUG